UUCGUAUUGCGAAGCAGAAAGAAGAACAAGCACGGCAGAUUUUGGAAGCAGCAUCAAAAGCUGUGAAGGAAGAGGAAGAAAUGAAGCAGAAGCUCUGUGAUGACUUAAACCAGUUGGUUCAAGAAAGUAGUAAUUUUCAGUAUGCUAGACUUGAGGAAUUAAAAAGGCGAAUAGAAGCUUUGAACCCAAGCAGAGCAUCCACUUCUUCGACCCAAAUUAGCACGACUAUAGAUACUUCUGCAAUGCAACACAAAACAGAACCUGGUUCCAGAACAACAGAAAAUAUACCUACUCAAGGAAAUGAUGGAAAUAUCCCAGUAAUGAACGGACACGAAAGACAGCUAAUAGGUGAGGGAGAAGCAAGAAAGAAGAGAGGUCAUAACCAAGGAAGAGGUAGGGGAAUUGGGGCUGUGCCCAAGGGUAGAGGUCCAGCAGGACCUGGUUGGACUGGAGCUGGGUUUGAUGUGGAUGGUAGAACUUAUUAGAAGUAUCACUUGAGAAACUCUUUUUCUAUACUGAACAGUUGUGGCAACAAAAUUGGCAAUAACAGGGUAUAUUCUUUCUUCCAUUUUUAACCAGUUACUUGGUUUGUGAUCUUUUUUCCUGUAUUCCUUCAAUUGCCUAUAGAUGUUUCGUAUGAAAAGUGCUCCCUCCCUUGCUUCCUUGAACUUGUCUGUCGCUAAUAUUAUCUUUCAAACCAGACAUGGUUCAAGGGAAGUCGUAUUCUUUUAGGAACUGCUAGUUUGUAUUAAAAGUUAUGUACAUUUUGAAUUUAGUAGAAACUCUCUAUAGACGCACUGAUGGUGGAUUCAAUGUGCAAGGCUUAUGGUUAGU